AUGUCAGAGAGUGAUGUGAGCACAUCACUAUACUAAAAUGGUUUGUCAGUCGUUUUGGUUCUCAGCGGCAGUCUUUUAACCGAUGUUUUAAUUAUAAUUACAUAUAUUUCUACGGGAUAUUCGAUCGUUCUUCAGCCCUGCUUGGAAAGACAGCGAAGUAAGGCGCUUCGAAAGUACAAAAUAAGCACGGCAAUGAUUCUACUGCGAUGUCAUUAUCGAAGCAAGAUGUAGGAAAGAGCCGAACGGAAAGCAAGGGUUUAUCAAGCAGUGAAGAUGAUGACAUUGCCUGGAAACAAAAAAUCUAAAGAAAAUCAGAAGAGGAAGAAGACAGGAAAAAAAAACAUUAUUGACUCAGAUUCUGAUGAAGAUUCUUUUCCUCCAAAAAUAAGAAAAGCCACAUCAGUAAAGAAGGAGGAGAGUUCAAAAGCUAAGAAAAAUAGAAGACCAAUCAGCUUAGAUUCAGAUGAGGAAGAAGUUGUGCCCAGGAAAUUAAAAAAGUCUACCAAACAGACAGAAAAUGUAGCUUCUAAAGAGGUCCAGCAAGUUAAAGAGAGUCCAGUCGAGCCUAAAGAGAAAAAAGCAACUUCUACACUUGAUUUCUUUGGUUCUACUUCAGUCGAAAAGGAAUCCAGGAAAACAUUUGCCAAAAAAGAAAACAGAACCAUCAAGAAUUUUUUCCAUUUCACUCAGAGAUCUGAUGAGUCUGAAGAAAAUGAAGACUCCAAAGUGAAUAGAGAAGAAGAGUACAAGAAUGGGAGAGAAAAAGAAGGAAGAGAAAAUCGGAAUGUCAACUGUCACACAACGGAGCAACCAUCAAAGAAAAGAAAGGAAGACCGCCCAGAAUCAAAGUCUGAGGUUAAAAAGCCUUCCCCUGAGAAGAAAAAGGAAGUACCAAAGACAACUCCCAUUAGCAAACUGGCUGCCAAAGCUGCCACAGUUCCAGAAACUCCAGUUAGAGACUCAAAACCAAGUCCAAAGAAAACUGUUACUCCGAAAAAGGAUAAAAAAGAUGUUGAUAAGGAAACUCCAAUCAAAGGAACACCAAAGGUGUCAAAAUCAGAGGAAGUGGUUGAAGUUCCACCCUCACUGGAAAAGAAAAAUCUAGCUACCAUAGUGCUAUGGCAAGAGAUGGUCCUAGGACACUUGGUUCAAAGGAAAUCCCUCAGGUAGGUUUCAAAGACCAAGAUCUGAUUGUUAAUUCUCCCCUCU